CGGCCUCCUCCUCCGACAUACCCUGCCCUCUGCAGAUCGGCCGGUGCCGUGGUUUCCGAAAGGAAGUUGGAGAUGCCAGUCCAGGUAUUCGUUUCAGGUACGCGGUGGUCUGCAGCUUUCGCGUAAGGUGCCCAUGUACGGACAGUGAUCGCUGUGCUUGGCGCGAAUUCGACCUGCCCGUUUGGGGGUCUGUAUAGCGAUGUCGGUCUGGUUUGAUUCGUGGUAGAAUGGUAGCACAGGCUUUAGCAUAGGGUACGGGUUUUUACGUGAGUGCUGCGUGGGCCUUAUCUCGGUCGUUAUUCGCAGGGACGGUGGUCAUUGGGUGGAGCGACGGAGCUCCGUGGAAUAGAGGUGAGUAGACGUUGUUUAUGGUGAUGAUCUGUGGUAUAAAGACAGUAGGAAGGCGCGAGCUGAGAGAGCUGUGUCGAGUAGCUCUUGCCUCGCCCCAGCCUUGUAGAGUUCACCUAGCAUCAACUCCACGCCCAUCAUAAACAUGAAGUCCAUCUUCAUCGUCUCAGCUAUCGCUGCUCUCGGUGCCGCUGCUCCGGUGGAGAAGCGCACUCCCCCGAACAUUCCCUCAACCAGCAGUGCUACCUCUCUCCUCGCUGGCCUCACCGUCCAGGCGCAGGGCUCCCAGGACGGUUACUCCCGCGACCUGUUCCCCCACUGGAUCACACAAUCCGGCACUUGCAACACCCGCGAGACGGUCCUUAAGCGUGACGGUACCAACGUCGUCACCGACUCAGCUUGUGCUUCUACCAGUGGCACGUGGAAGAGCCCGUACGAUGGCGCUACUUGGACUGCGGCUAGCGAUGUGGACAUUGACCACGUUGUUCCGCUGAGCAAUGCUUGGAAAUCUGGAGCUUCAGCCUGGACGACCGCGCAGCGCCAGGCCUUCGCCAAUGAUCUCACCAACCCCCAGCUUGCCGCUGUGACAGACUCGGUCAACUCCGCAAAGGGCGACAAGGGACCCGAGGAAUGGAAGCCCCCGCUAUCGAGCUACUACUGCACCUACGCUAAGAUGUGGGUCAAGGUUAAGAGCGUCUACAAGUUGACUGUCACGAGCGCAGAGAAGAGCGCGCUCACCAGCAUGUUGGGCACUUGCUAG